CCUUGCACCUCUGUUACGUAUCGUCAUUGGUGGAAGGCACUAGCUGCAUUUCCCUAGUCCCCAAGUGCCCAAGUUUCAACGCCCGCAGCGACUUUGGCUGCGAUUCUACACUGCUGAACCCACUCAGACACACCUGCCUGCACUUGCUUCGACUCCCUAAGAACAGCCUUGAUAAUUUGUCACGGCCGACGGACUACACCCAUUCGAGAUCUUACCCGGCUUACUUGAAACGAGCAGCAGCGACGGCGCAACCUUGACGGAUAUUUCUGCAUCUCAGUAUUGUGGCAGCUCGUGCGACACUCUGCGGGGCAACGACUAGAUGCUCGAUCAGGUCGAGACUGCUUCGCAGAAACGAAAAGCCUCGCUAGCUCCGCCUACUGACGAUGAGGCGCUGAAACGUGUUAAGGUUGAGGCAAGCGACGGCGGGGCGCUUCCCCGCGAUGCCAGCCACAGCCACGACAGCAAUGGGGUCGACCAGGCCUCUGGCAGAACCAUUUCGCCGGCUGGGGUGCCAUCGAAGCAGCAAGAGCCACUAGAAGCAGCGCGCGGCGAGAGACCGGGCGACAUGGGAGAGCCAGCUUUGCGGUCCAAACCAAUGACGCAGAGGCCUCUUGUGCCGCCAGCAGCGGCAGCAGCAGCAGCAGCGGCCCGCCGUAACAUUAGCCAGGAGGAAAAGAAACGGGGGCAGCGCUUGUUCGGGGGCUUGCUCAACACGCUAAGUCAGACUACAUCCAGCUCACAGCACAAGAAGAGGCUGGAGAUGGACCGGCGUCAGCACGAGAAGGUACAGCAGAAGAGAGCCGAGGAUGACAGGCGCAGAGCCGAGAAGUUAGCAAGGCUCAACCGAGUCCGCAAGAUUGCCCAAGUCGAGUUUGAUGAGCAAAUGAUGCGAACCCGGCACUCGAGCAUGAUGACAGCGGCGCGGAGUCUCCGGACUAGGACCGAGCCGAGACUACACUACCGGCCGUGGCAGCUCACCGCAGACGAUGAACUCACUAUCGAAAAGCAAAUACGUGCAGCUGAAGAGACGGUAGAGCGGGAGAAGCAAGAGUUCAGGCGCAGCAAAGAGCGGAGACUCGACGAGUUGGGAGUUCCUCGCCCGCCCCCGUCUCAACAGCCAGAAACCUCGGUCGGUGAGCCCACACCUUUGCAAGAUACUAACCGCCACGCUCUGGCUCUACCAUCCAGGGUUCACGCUGGCGAUAAGGAUGCCGAUGACACCGGCGAUGAUUUGAUGGACCAGGACAAGGAGGAUACCGUUCUCUACUGACAAGAAAAGCCUCUCAAGACCUCCUGCCGCGGGGCUUAACUGCAACUUUUUCAUAUUGUAUGAUGAGUAAAGAUUACCUAUGCUGUAGGGUUUGUAGUGUUGUGUUUUUGGGCGGGGUCCGUUUUCCUCUGCGGCGCUUUGGCUCGUGUAGAUCUUCCCACUGACCCUGUAUGUGUAAGAUUCGAGGAGAGGUGGUUUGCUGUAUUGUUUGGGAGGUAACUCGGGCGGAAAGGGGGGCAAGGGGUGGGUGGAAUGCUUCUCUCAGACGAUUAUCGUAUCACGACGCACGUAAAUAAACUUUACGCACAUUUGCGUAUGGUAGCACGGCGCUCUAGCGGAUUGUUUUCUCUUUUUUUUGGGGGGGGGGCGGGUUUCAGAUUAUCGUAGCUUAGCUAAUUAAUUACCUACUAGUAACGAUCUAGCUGCUCAG